CUAUGGAUCAUUCAUUUUGGUUAAAAUUGAAAUGAAAUGUGUCCGAAUGAGUCUAGUCUCAGUCACCACCGCAAGUUCCUCCGAGCGCUUUCUCUAUCGCACUAUCUAUCAUUCUCAUGCUUUCUCCUUCCCUCUGCACCGCCGAUUUCAACCUCUUUCCUCCUCCGCCGUACUCCGUCGUCUUCCACCGUACCGCGCUACCUCCCCCGGUUCUCCGCUCCCACCUUCCGAUAACAAUUCAAGCAACCUUAAAGGAGCAGAUGUUGGUGCAUCUUUAUCCAAAAUUCAAGAUAGGAUACAGAUAUUCUUUGCUGUUCUUUUCUGGUUGUCUCUAUUCUUUUGGGCUUCUGCCUGGGAUGGGAGGAAUAGACCAAACAAGGGAUCAAGAUUUAGAUGAUAAAAUACAGGUAUACUCUGUGGAAAGGAAGGGUCAUUUUAGAUUGAACAUCAUUCAUUUAUGGAAGGACUAAUCGUCGGUUUGAUGUGUUCAAAGGAAUUGAUAUUUUUGCACAGACCGUUGUUGGGUGUAAUAUGGUUUGCAAUCUUUUGCUUCUCAUGAGAAACGAUCGAAUACGACAUAUUUUGUUCUGUUGCUUUCCAGACCGUAACACUGGAUGAAAAUGGAGAUGAAAAUUUGUUGUCGUUACCUAAUAGGCCCAAUUGCUUAUAAAUAUCAAUUUCCAUUUAAUACAAAGCCUCAGAUAUCUUUCAUGCUUGAUAUAAUUAUACUUUGGUCAAAGCAUCAGUGAAGUUUCUAAGAUUCAAACGAAAUAUUUAAUAUAUUAAAAAUUAUACAGGACGUAAAGUGUUUAACCCCUUUACUUUUCAUUGUUUUGGUUCAUUCUUGUGAAUUGUUUCUCAGAGUUUUAGGAAACAAUCUCACAUUUACAGAGGAAUUAAACACGAAAUUGUACCAAUUACUAAAUUGCUUUUUGACUCUGCCAAUGGUGGUUGUAUCAAGUAAAUAACAUAAAAGCAAAAGGAAUUAGUCUUGACAUCUGUUGCAUACUUCAACACAUAUUUAUAUAGCAGUUUUGGAAUAACGCAGUUCACGGUUGAGGUUGUUUUUACCAAGUAUAUAAGCAAGAUCAUGACAUCCCCUGUCGCUUCCACUUUCCAGUAUGUAGUUUUAAAAGGUUGCUACAUUAUUAGCAAACGCCAUACGGCGACAAAAAACGCCCAUGGUGCCCAAAAGCAGGUGUUCAUUCAUGGUUGGUCUAAAUUGGGAAGGUUCAUUAGAGAUGGCGAUACAAAAGUAAUUGGUGUCCGUUCAAUUUUGCAACUUACAGUAAAACAAAAAUGGCGACUAAGGUCCCCCCAUUAACGUGUCUCUUCUGCAUUGGUUGUAGUCUAUCACUUGCAUUCCCUUUUCCUAAAUUUGUAACUCGGGAUUGGAUAACACAUUCCUCUAAGUAAUAAUGUCCAUUGUUAAUUCUUAUAUAAACACUUGCUUCUUUCUUACAUUCAAUUCCAUGUCUCACUCUAAUAAUAAUCCCACGAAUCACUUUGGUUUCUGCUUUUUCUCUUUCCUUUUGCAGUUGAGUACUUUUCUUUGACUUUUCAGUUCCUGGUUGUUUCAACUUGCACCAUUUCGUUUCUAUUUCUGUCCUCAACCAUUUUCUUAUUGUUUCCCCGUAGAAGAUGUUACUUAGAAGUUCCUCCGCACCAAUUCUAACUUCAUUGGUACUCUAUUCCAGAGACUCCUCCACUGAACCAGAAAACAUUUUUCGGCUACCUAAAACAACAUCAGCUUUAAGUCUAAACCAAAUACCUGUAGAGAUAGACCUUAAAAACUCAAGUCCUAAGAGAAAAAACCGUGUGCAACUUGGUAAUAGUGUUCCCAAAAAUCAACAGAGUAUAAAAAUCAAAGAAAGAGAUGAAGUGAAAAGUCCUCAACAAAAGACUUAUUACAUGAAAUCACAACCUUCCAUUCAAGAACUGUUUUCGAGUUUGGAUUUAGAUAAGGGAGUAAUGGAUCAUGAAGAAGAGUGUUGUGGGGGGAAGAAAGAUGGUACCUUGCAGACUUCUGUGAUGGGUGGUGGAAUGGGGAGUGAUGGUGGUUGUAAUGGUAGUGGAAAAGGCUCAAAUGGUGGACAUGGAAGAGGGAAGAAUUUCCAUGAAGGAAAUGAUCGUGGUAGAGAUAGGACAGAUGCUUAUUACCAGAACAUGAUUGAAGCAAACCCCGGUGAUGCUCUUUUGCUGGGAAAUUAUGCAAAGUUUUUGAAAGAGGUUUGUGAAGACUAUCCUAAAGCAAAAGAGUAUCUCGAAAGGGCUAUUUUGGCUAAUCCUGAUGAUGGUCUUGUUCUCUCCCUCUAUGCGGACUUAAUAUGGCAAACAGAGAAAGAUGCUGAUCGAGCUGAAGGAUAUUUUGAUCAAGCCAUUAGAAGUGCCCCAGAUGAUUGCCAUGUCGUAGCUUCAUAUGCUAACUUCCUUUGGGAUGCUGAAGAAGAGGAAGAUAAAGACUGCCAAAGUAAAUCAGAUGAAAAUCAAUCAUAUCCAACUGCUCUCUUUCUUGGAAGUAACCAUCACCUUCGUAUAACCGAAGCCUCAAAAGCUUUACCACUGUUUCUUAAAUGAAGGUGAUAUUGCAUGACAAAUAAGUAUGUUGCUCAAACAGCAGUAACUCAUGCCCCUUUUGGAAGUGAUUACUAGGAAUGGUUGGUGUAAUAGUAAUGACUUGCCUACUGUGAAUAGCUUUAGACCAUAACAAGAGAAAUCAACUUUUGAUGCCUCUUGUGCUUGUAAGUAACAAGGCUUCAUCAAAUGUAUGUUUUGAGAAUAUAAUGUUAUGCAUGCAGACACUAAGGAGUAUAGUGGUGCAACCUCUUUUUCAA